UUUCACCAAUAGUGCGGGCGGAUAUGUAGAGAACAAUUGGGCAAGCCCUUUUGUCGUUCGAAAUCAUGGUUUUCACGCUUGCACCCAUUUAUAUGAAGAGAGAUUUAGCCAAGACGAAGAAAAUGAAGUCGGCAGGAUUAGCAUUUUUGUUAUUAAUACACUGCGCAUCUUUUCUAAGAGAUGGAAGACAACAAAGGAGAUCAACUUCAAGAAACAAAUAGCUAUGAUACCCACCAUUCAGGUGGCUUGAGUGUUGAAUCUCAGAACAUCCAGCUCAUGAGCAAUGCUUCUGAGAGAAAACUACCAUUGAGAAGUGGUGCACAUCAUUGGGUGCUAGUGUCAUUGAGUAUUGUUGCUCUGGUUGGAGGGCAGUGCUCUGCAACUCUUCUAAGCAGAUUCUAUUUUGAAAGAGGUGGAAACAGCAUUUGGCUCCUCACUCUCAUUCCAAAUGUUGGAUGGCCAGUACUUAUUCUUCCCCUUCUGUUUGCUAGAAAACAUCAUCCACAUUCAACAAACCCUUUGAAACCCAAAAUAUUUUGCAUAUACAUCUGUUUAGGCCUACUGUUAACAGGGGAUAAUUUUCUAUAUACAUGGGGCAUAUCCUUUCUUCCUGUGUCUACAUUUUCCAUUUUAUGUUCUACCCAAUUAGCUUUCAAUGCAAUUUUUGCAUAUCUAAUGGUUGGACAGAAAAUUGGGCCAUAUGUUCUCAAUUCUUUAGUUUUGCUAACCUUCAGUGCUGUUCUGCUAGGGCUCAGUCAUUCUAGUAACACUACACAGGGGGAAAUUAGCUCAUCUCACUUUAUUUUGGGAUAUGUAUAUACAAUCUCAGCUUCUGUAGUAAUUGGCCUGAUUCUACCAUUGAUGCAGGUAGUGUUCACAAAGGUUUUGGGCCAAGAGAGCCUAACUGCAGUGUUAGAAAUGCAGAUUUAUACAUCUGUAGUGGCUACUGUGGUAUGUGUGGUGGGAUUAUGCUCUAGUGGUCAGCUGAGAAGGAUCAGAGAGGAGGCCAAUGCUUUUACAGAAGGAAAAUUAGCUUAUUCUAUGACUUUGAUAUGGACUGCAAUAGGUUGGCAGAUUCAUUCUGUAGGGCUAAUUGGGCUGAUUUCCCUUGUAUCCUCCUUGUUCUCUACUGUUAUCAGCACUGUGGCAUUGCCUCUAGUUCCUGUCUUGGCAGUUGUUUUUUUCCAUGACAUAAUGGAGGCUCCAAAGAUUAUGGCAUUGAUUUUGGGGAUGUGGGGUUUUGCCUCAUAUGUAUAUGGUGGAUAUAUGGAUUCAAAAGUUGUCCAGGUAGAUCAAAUUCAGUCAGAACAAAUCAGCACAUUAGUAUGAUGCCUAAAACCAACCAUAUAUAUAACGGAUGUUUACAUUCUUCUAAGUCAUCUUCAGACCCCCUUUACCAAGUCUGAGCUUUUUUAAUAUGGAUGUCUUGAAGUCCAUCAUGCCAAUUUUGGUAUCUUUCUGUCAGUCUUGGAUGGGGUUUACAAAGUUUGAGAAUCAUUUUUAUAGACUAUAAUAACGCUACCCACAUAGAGAUAUUACAAACUAAAAAGUAGCUAAAACACUAGUUACGUUGGAGAACAAAUAGUGGCAGGGAAGUUUGUUGAUUUAGUGGGCUCUUAGUUACCAAGCAUAUUAAGUGACAAAAUUUGAAGUUGGGCAAUAAAGUAUAAUCUGAUCUGAAUCUUAUGUAUUUCUGAAUAUUAUUAAUAUAUUCAGAGUUCUUGCCUUCUAUAAAAAAACUACAUCUUA